AUGUAUGUUGAAGAAUUCGAAAAACUAAAAAAUAGUGUUGGAAAAGUCAUUUCGAUUGUUGUCAGUUCGACAACUACGAACUGCGCAGUAGCUGUUGAAUUCGUUGAUGACGGUUCUCUUCGAUCAAAUAUAGAGUUGGUUAUGUUUGAAAUUGAUAUUGACUUGAAAAUUGAUAGCAAACCGUUUGGUGAUGAUGGAAAUGCUAUGAAAAACUAUGAACUAGCCUCUGCUUUAUAUUCACGUCAUUACCGUGCUAAUGAUCCAUACGUUGCCGUGACAAAUAGUAAUAUAGCCACAGUACUCGAUAAUAGAGGUGAUUAUAACAGUGCAUUAGUUAUGGACGAACAUGCGUUAGAGACCAUGCAACUGCGUUUGCAUGAAAGACACCCUUCAAAUCAUUUGUCAGAAUCGACUCGUACAUCCGACUAUUCACAUACAACGCAACAACUUGAUGAUUAUGAUGAGGCGGAAGGAGAUGAAAAUGAAGGACGAGACGUAGAUGUUAAUAAUUCAAGUCAAGAAGACAACAGUUUAGCCGAGGAAGAAAUUGAUAACCACAGUACAUUAUAA